UGAAAAAAAUAUAAAUAAAUUUUUGAGCACAAAAACAAAACAAUAUUUUUGAGUUGCCAAAAUCGAAAGCGAUUAAAAAUUUCUUUCAUAAAAACGACAAACCGUUUUGCUAUACACAAAACAAACGCACGAAAAACACUUCUUAACGCAAAUCAUUCAAUUCAAGGUCAACAAAAGAAGAACGAAAUAUGAGUGGCCGUGACGACUUCUUCUCCAAAGAGGCUUCACUCAUCAACCGUUCCAAGCGAGAGCUAGCAGAUGGACGCGACAAGGAUCCAAUCUACAAAUUACGAUUGCUGUGCUUCAGUCGCGGCGCAACCGGCAUACUCGGAUUAGCAAGGACAUUCCGCAAUAUGGACGAUGAUGGCAGCAAGGCAUUGAAUUACGAAGAAUUCAGUAAGGGAAUAAAAGAGACUGGCUUGGAAUGCACAGAGAAUGAAAUAAAGGAUAUGUUUGAUAAUUUCGACGAGGAUAACAACGGUUCAAUAAAUAUGACCGAAUUUUUGCUGAAAUUGCGACCCCCCAUGCCACAGUCCCGUCUGGAUAUCAUCGAUAAAGCAUUCAAGAAAAUCGAUCGCACCGGUGAUGGCGAAAUCACCAUUGAAGACCUUAAGACGGUCUACUCUGUGAAGGAUCAUCCCAAGUAUCUUAGCGGGGAGAUGUCCGAAAAUGAGAUACUAACACAAUUCCUGAACAACUUCGAGGGUGGACGCGGCAAUUGUGAUGGAAAAGUAACAAAGGAGGAAUUCGUUAAUUAUUAUGCCACAAUAAGCGCUUCAAUCGACAAUGAUGCCUACUUUGAUUUGGUGAUGCGACGUGCUUAUAAACUUUAAACUUUAAAUGCAAUAAAAGCCACGAUGUUCACAAGCAGGAGCUGCCAU